GCACAACGGGAACAUCCUGCUGGACUCGGAGGGCCACAUCAUCCACAUCGACUUCGGCUUCAUCCUCUCCAGCUCCCCCCGCAACCUCGGCUUCGAGACCUCCGCCUUCAAGCUCACCACCGAGUUCGUGGACGUGAUGGGCGGCCUGGACGGGGACAUGUUCAACUACUACAAGAUGCUGAUGCUGCAGGGGCUGAUCGCCGCCCGCAAGCACAUGGACAGGGUGGUGCAGAUCGUGGAGAUCAUGCAGCAAGGCUCCCAGCUGCCGUGCUUCCACGGCUCCUCCACCAUCCGGCACCUGAAGGAGCGUUUCCACCUGCACCUGACGGAGGAGCAGCUGCAGCUGCAGGUGGAGCAGAUGGUCGAGGGCUCCGUGCGCUCCAUCACCACCAAGCUCUACGACGGCUUCCAGUACCUCACCAACGGCAUCAUGUGAAAUUCCAGAGCCCGGGAAAAACGGGGGGAAAAAAACCGGGAAAAACAACAACAAAAAAAAUUCCCCUUCCCGCCGCUUCUCCCUUUUCCCUCCCCCGGUCCCGAGAAAAAGGGGAGGAAAUGGGGAUUUUUCCCGUUUUUGCCCCGUUUUGGGUGGAAAAAUGGCGAGGGAGGAGCGGCUUCCUCCUCCUCCUCAUCCUCCUCUUCCUCCUCCUGGAUGCUGCUGGAGAAACGGGACAGAAUUCCGGAGAAUUCCAUGAAAAAAGCCAGGAAAAGCGGCGGGAAAAG